CAGCAGACAACAUACCAUUUAAAAUGCCUUCAGCAACGAGAGAACCAUCGACGAAGAAGUCGUCAUCAUCAAAGACCGCGGACGAUGCGAAGACACACAAGCUGUCGCUAAAAGGCAGCUCAAAACUGGUGACGGAGUUCUUCGAGUACUCCAUCAACACCAUAUUGUUCCAGCGCGGCGUCUAUCCCGCUGAGGACUUCACAGCGGUCAAGAAAUAUGGCCUGAACAUGAUGGUCACGCUCGAUGACCAAGUCAAAGCAUAUAUCAAGAAGAUCAUGUCGCAACUCAGCAAAUGGAUGCAGAAGUCCAAGAUCUCAAAAUUAGUCAUCGUCAUCACAUCCAAGGAGACCGGCGAACACGUUGAGCGAUGGCAGUUCGACGUCAACAUCUUCAACGACGACAGCAAGAAGAAAUCGCGCUCCUCCAGUGGCGACAAAGAGAAUUCCGCACCGGCUGGAUCCAGCGCCGAAGCGACACAGCCUGAGAAGACGGAAGCAGAGAUUCAAUCCGAGAUUCAAGCACUGUUUCGUCAAAUUACCGCAUCUGUUUCCUUUCUGCCUAUGCUUGACGGGAAUUGCACAUUCAACGUCCUAGUAUACGCAGAUGCAGAUAGUGAGGUGCCGCUAGAGUGGGGAGAUUCUGACGCGAAGGAGGUGAAGAAUGCAGAGAAGGUCAUGUUGAGAAGUUUCUCAACGCAAAAUCACAGAGUGGAUACUGUGGUCUCGUACAGGCUUGCCGACUGAGUCAAUGGCUCUCACCUUUCACACUGUGCCGACGAAAUUCUGGAAUAAUGAGAUCGCAUUGGAGAUGUCGAUCGUGGUGUUGGGAGCACGCACCAGUUGUGCGGUUGUGGCGUGGGAAGGCUUGAAAUUCGCGGCUUGACGGUAUGGCAUGGAGCACAAGGCUCAUGUUCACCUACGAGAAAUUUCGUAUCCUAUGUGUAUUUUGCGGCUUCUCAAACAUUUGCUACCCACAAUGAACAGUGCAGCGAGCCGUGGUUGAAUCGGCUCCGGAGCUGGCUCCACAUUUUGAGUUC